CGCCGCUCGAGCCCAGUUUGCAGCUCAGCCCCGCUCGGCUUCGCUGCUCCGGCGGUUGCUGUCAAAGUCAGGCCGACAGCAGUGGCCAGGGGCCGGCAGAGAGAGGGACACAGGGACAGGGGCGCACCGAGCCAGCAGCGAGGAAUCCCGUCGGUUGAACAUCAGCGGAGCCCGGAUGUUACACAAUGAUGCUGGAUAAAAAAACGGAGGGAAACGAAAUAGCCACCGGUGUUUGACUAUUAUGGGGGUCGGGGGAUGAAAAGCCGCCUCGUCAUUUCGUUUUUAGUCAAUUUAUUUUUCGAUGCAAUACAAAAGUAGUGAGAAUGUAUGAAUUAAAGGAGCCCUGCGAAGGAGUAAAUUAUGCCAGCAACAGACACCCUUUAUCUAGUGACGGAUGGCGUCUCCAGUCAAACUCCGAAUUACCCAGGCCAGCAGCACUGUCCUGGCAAGCUGCUAUUGACGCGGCUAGGCAAGCUAAAGCUGCCGCAACCAUGAACUCGACCACGGAAUCCAACAGUGCAGCAGCCCAAAGAAAACGCCAGCAAUUCGCCAAGAGCAAGAAGCAGCAGGGCAGUACAGUGAAUAACAGGCCAGCCCGUGCCCUAUUCUGCUUAAAUCUCAACAACCCUAUUAGAAGAGCCUGUAUUAGUAUUGUAGAAUGGAAGCCAUUUGAUAUCUUUAUAUUGAUUGCUAUUUUUGCCAAUUGUGUGGCCUUAGCUGUUUACAUACCUUUCCCAGAAGAUGACUCCAACUCAACAAAUCAUGACCUGGAAACAGUAGAAUAUGCCUUCCUUAUAAUUUUUACAAUUGAAACAUUUUUGAAGAUUAUAGCAUAUGGACUGCUGUUACACCCCAAUGCUUAUGUAAGAAAUGGAUGGAACUUGAUGGACUUUGUAAUUGUAAUUGUGGGCUUGUUUAGUGUUGUUUUGGAACAACUAACCAAAGCAGAAAAUGUGGAUGGACAUGCAACUUCCACUGGCAAACAUUCAGGUGGUUUUGAUGUCAAAGCCCUUAGAGCCUUUCGUGUAUUGAGACCUCUAAGACUUGUAUCUGGAGUACCUAGCUUACAGGUUGUCUUGAAUUCCAUCAUCAAAGCCAUGGUUCCUCUUCUACAUAUUGCUCUACUGGUAUUGUUCGUGAUUAUCAUUUAUGCUAUCAUAGGACUGGAGCUCUUUAUAGGAAAAAUGCACAAAACAUGUUACUUCAGCAACACAAAUGUGAUAGCGGAGGAUGAACCAGCACCUUGUGCAUUCUCAGGGAAUGGUCGCCAAUGCUCCAUGAAUGGUACAGAAUGCAGGGGUGGGUGGCCGGGUCCAAAUGGAGGCAUCACAAAUUUCGACAACUUUGCUUUUGCUAUGCUAACAGUUUUUCAGUGUAUAACCAUGGAAGGAUGGACUGAUGUCCUUUAUUGGAUGAAUGAUGCCAUGGGAUAUGAAUUACCUUGGGUCUAUUUUGUCAGUCUCGUCAUCUUUGGAUCUUUUUUCGUUCUUAAUCUUGUACUUGGUGUAUUGAGCGGUGAAUUUUCUAAGGAAAGGGAAAAGGCGAAGGCCAGAGGAGACUUUCAGAAACUACGUGAGAAGCAGCAACUUGAAGAUGACCUCAAAGGAUAUCUGGAUUGGAUCACUCAGGCAGAAGACAUUGAUCCUGAGAAUGAAGAAGACAUUGAGAGUGCAGAGAGACGAAAUCCAAAUAUCCCUAUUGGUGAAACUGAAUCUGAUAACACAGACCAUGCUGGCAGUGGAGAGGGUGAUAAUGCAACAUGCUGUGGAUCAUUAUGCAUCCGAAUUUCUAAAUCAAAGUUCAGCCGGCACUGGCGUCGUUGGAACCGCUAUUGGAGAAGAAAAUGUCGAGCUGGUGUAAAGUCUGUUACUUUCUACUGGCUAGUUAUUAUCCUUGUUUUUCUCAAUACAUUAACCAUUUCAUCAGAGCAUUAUAAUCAGCCUCUUUGGCUAACGUUUACUCAAGACAUUGCAAAUAAAGUCCUACUGGCUCUAUUCACAUGCGAGAUGUUAGUGAAAAUGUACAGCCUGGGUCUGCAGGCAUACUUUGUUUCCCUUUUUAAUCGCUUUGAUUGCUUUGUGGUGUGUGGAGGAAUCAUUGAAACCAUCCUGGUUGAGUUUGAAAUUAUGUCUCCUUUGGGAAUCUCAGUAUUUAGAUGUGUUCGGCUUCUAAGAAUAUUCAAAGUGACAAGGCACUGGCAAUCAUUGAGUAACCUGGUAGCCUCAUUAUUGAACUCAAUGCGAUCCAUUGCUUCCUUGCUGCUCCUGCUUUUCCUAUUUAUUAUUAUCUUUGCACUGCUGGGAAUGCAACUUUUUGGUGGCAAAUUUAACUUUGAUGAAACACAAACAAAACGGAGUACCUUUGAUAACUUUCCACAAGCUCUUCUCACUGUAUUUCAGAUUUUAACUGGUGAAGAUUGGAAUAUGGUGAUGUAUGAUGGAAUUAUGGCGUAUGGUGGACCAUCCUCUUCAGGGAUGAUAGUUUGUAUAUACUUUAUCAUUCUGUUCAUAUGUGGUAACUACAUCUUGCUGAAUGUCUUUUUGGCCAUCGCUGUUGAUAAUUUAGCUGAUGCUGAAAGCUUAAAUACCGUGCAAAAAGAAACCGAGGAAGAAAAAGAAAGGAAAAGAAGUGCCAGAACUGCCAGUUCAGAGCAAAGAGUGGAUGGGAAAUAUGAACUUGAUGGAAUAAGCGAAAACAAUGACAGGAAAGUACUUACUGGCACUCAGAUUUCAGUUGAUGAAGAUGAUAAGGAUCCUUAUCCACCCACUGAUGUGCCAGAUGAUGAUGAUGAACCAGAAAUACCAGUUGGACCUCGACCUCAAAGACUGGCAGACCUGAACUUGAAGGAAAAAAUUGUGCCUAUUCCAGAAGGGAGUGCUUUCUUCAUAUUCAGUAAUACCAAUCCGAUCAGAGUGGCUUGUCACAGACUUAUAAAUCACCACAUCUUUACAAAUCUGAUCCUCGUGUUCAUUAUUCUUAGCAGCAUUUCCUUAGCUGCAGAAGAUCCUAUACGUAAUCAUUCCUUUCGUAAUAAUAUUCUUGGUUACUUUGACUAUGCUUUUACAGCGAUCUUUACUGUUGAAAUCCUGUUCAAGAUGAUGACAUAUGGAGCAUUUUUACAUAAAGGUUCCUUCUGUCGAAAUUAUUUCAACUUGUUGGACAUCCUAGUUGUGGGAGUGUCACUUAUUUCUUUUGGAAUUCAGUCUAGUGCUAUUUCAGUCGUGAAGAUCCUUCGUGUUCUGAGAGUGUUAAGGCCUCUUCGAGCAAUCAACAGGGCAAAGGGACUCAAGCAUGUUGUUCAAUGUGUGUUUGUUGCUAUUCGGACCAUUGGCAACAUCAUGAUUGUUACAACUCUUCUGCAGUUCAUGUUUGCUUGUAUUGGGGUGCAGCUAUUCAAGGGCAAAUUCUAUCGUUGUACAGAUGAAGCAAAACAACUCCCUGAAGAGUGCAAGGGAACUUAUAUUCUUUAUAAAGAUGGCGAAGUAGAUCAUCCUGUAAUUCGUGAUCGAGUUUGGCACAAUAGCGAUUACAAUUUUGACAAUGUCCUUGCAGCUAUGAUGGCAUUGUUUACAGUAUCAACCUUUGAAGGCUGGCCAGCCCUGCUAUACAAAGCCAUAGACUCAAACGGAGAAAAUAUUGGCCCCAUCUACAACAAUCGAGUGGAGAUUUCUAUAUUCUUUAUCAUCUACAUCAUUAUUAUUGCUUUCUUCAUGAUGAAUAUCUUUGUUGGUUUUGUGAUCGUCACAUUCCAGGAGCAGGGAGAACUGGAGUAUAAAAACUGCGAGUUGGACAAAAAUCAGAGGCAGUGUGUAGAAUAUGCUCUGAAGGCCAGGCCGCUUCGCAGAUACAUCCCAAAGAACCCCUACCAGUACAAAUUUUGGUAUGUGGUAAACUCAACUGGGUUUGAAUACAUCAUGUUUGUCCUCAUCAUGUUGAACACGCUUUGCUUGGCUGUACAGCACUAUGAACAAUCUCCAUUUUUCAACUACACAAUGGAUAUCCUCAACAUGGUCUUCACUGCAGUGUUUACUGUUGAGAUGGUUUUGAAGCUUAUAGCUUUUAAGCCGAUGGGCUAUUUUAGUGACUCCUGGAACGUGUUUGACUUCCUCAUCGUUAUUGGCAGCAUUAUAGACGUCGUACUUGGUGAACUUGAUGUGAGUACUGGGACAAGUGGUCAGAUCUUUUUGUCUUCUGGAUGUGGAAAUUCAGAGGAAAGUUCCAGAAUUUCGAUUACCUUCUUCCGUCUCUUCCGUGUAAUGCGAUUGGUCAAACUACUGAGUCGUGGUGAAGGCAUACGCACAUUGUUAUGGACUUUCAUCAAGUCCUUUCAGGCUCUUCCGUAUGUUGCCCUUCUUAUAGCCAUGCUGUUUUUCAUCUAUGCCGUAAUUGGCAUGCAGAUUUUUGGCAAAGUUGCCUUGCAAGAUCAUACACAGAUAAACAGAAAUAACAACUUUCAGACCUUUUUCCAGUCUGUUCUACUUCUUUUCAGGUGUGCCACUGGUGAAGCCUGGCAAGAGAUCAUGUUGGCAUGCAUGCCUGGAAGACGCUGUGACCCAGAGUCAGAAUAUGGUCCGGGCGAAGAGUUUACAUGUGGUAGCAACUUUGCUAUCGUAUAUUUCAUCACGUUUUACAUGUUAUGCGCCUUUUUGAUUAUAAACUUAUUUGUGGCUGUUAUCAUGGACAACUUUGAUUAUUUAACACGCGAUUGGUCCAUUCUGGGUCCUCAUCAUUUGGAAGAAUUUAAAAGAAUAUGGUCUGAAUAUGAUCCAGAAGCAAAAGGGAGAAUAAAACAUCUUGAUGUAGUUACUUUACUUCGACGUAUUCAGCCACCACUGGGCUUUGGAAAACUUUGUCCUCAUAGAGUCGCAUGCAAGAGAUUGGUAGCUAUGAAUAUGCCCCUGAAUAGUGAUGGAACGGUAAUGUUCAAUGCAACCCUUUUUGCCUUGGUGAGAACAGCUUUGAAAAUCAAAACAGAUGGUAACCUAGAUCAAGCUAAUGAGGAGCUGAGAGCUGUUAUUAAAAAAAUCUGGAAGCGAACGAGUAUGAAGUUGCUAGAUCAAGUGGUCCCUCCGGCUGAUGAUGAUGAGGUAACCGUGGGGAAGUUCUAUGCCACCUUCCUGAUACAGGACUACUUUAGGAAAUUCAAGCGACGUAAGGAACAAGGCUUGGUAGGAAAGCAACCCAGAAAGAAUACUACAGUUGCUCUUCAGGCUGGGCUUAGAACUCUACAUGACAUGGGACCAGAAAUUCGUAGAGCAAUUUCAUGUGAUCUACAGGAAGAGGAUAUUAUUGAGGGGACUCAAGAAGAGGAUGAGGAUAUAUACAGAAGAAGUGGUGGCCUGUUUGGCAACCAUGUCAACCAUGUCCCUGGAAAAGAACAAAACUUCGUCCAGCAAACAAAUGUUACACAGCGGCCCCUGCAAGUUAAACGACCCUCAACUCCACCAAUAACCGAUUCUGAAAAAUCACUUCCUUUGUCCAACCUUGAGAAUUCUAUAUCACAUAACCAAUUUAAUCACAGUUUUUCGGGAAAGGUAUCACCAAAUUCCACUAAUGUCAAUCUCAAUAAUGCCAAUGUGUCCAAAAUUGCAAAUGGAAAGCACCCCAGGUCGUUAAAACAUAAGCAAGCCACUGGUAAAAAUUGCAACUCCCACACAUCGUACAUUGAAAAACCAAAGAAGUCAAGCAGCAGAAGAUCUGAUUCAGGUGAUGGUUUUGUGCCUACCGUUUCUCAAGAGGAACCAAAGCCAGAUGACUGGUUUGAGGAUGAGCAGUAUUCAGGAGAUCAGGAAUAUUUUAGUGGGGAGGAGUAUUAUGAAGAAGACAGCAUGCAGUCAGUGGAUAGGCAAAUACAUAGUGACUAUCAGAAUCAAAUUCAAAGUAAUGACCUGGAUUUUGAAAGACCAAAGGGUUACCAUCACCCCUGUGGUUACUAUGAGGAAGAUGAGCCGAGCAGUUAUGCUGGAUACCGGCGCUCACCUAAGCGACGAUUGCUUCCACCAACACCUAUAGCAAAUCGAAGGCCCUCUUUCAAUUUUGAGUGUCUACGCAGACAAAAUAGUCAAGAUGAUGUCUCACUAUCGCCUAUAUUCCAACAGCGUACGGCUCUUCCACUACAUUUAAUGCAACACCAGGUUAUGGCUGUGGCAGGAAUGGAUUCUUACAAAAGUAGAAGACUGUCACCAGCACGAUCAACACGGUCAUGGGCAACACCUCCUGCUACACCACCCAGCAAAGAGCGCUCUCCAUACUACACUCCUCUGAUCCGUGUAGAUCGUGUUGAAUCCAGAGAAAAUAUGAAUAGUAAUCCUCCCUCAAUGAGCAGGAGCUCUUGGUAUACCGACGAUAUUGACAUUCCUUACAAAAUCUAUACACCAUCAAAUCUAGCUGUUCCCAAUAACUUCUUACAACGAUAUUAUGACAAACGAGGGAGUGCAGACAGUCUGGUAGAAGCUGUCCUAAUAUCAGAAGGUCUUGGACGAUAUGCAAAAGAUCCAAAAUUUGUUUCAGUUACUAAACAUGAACUUGCAGAUGCCUGUGAUAUGACCAUUGAUGAAAUGGAAAGUGCCGCGAGCAAUUUAUUAAAUGGCAAUCUUCAUAAUGGAACUAGUGGGGAUGUGUUUCCUGUUAGGAACAGGUGUGACUAUGAAUUACAAGAUUAUUACCCAGGAUACAGUGAUGAGGAGACAGACACUGGGAUAUAUGAAGAGGACCUAGGUGAUGAAAUGAUAUGCAUCACCACUUUAUAGCAUAUAUUUAAUGUGGAAAACUCAAUUGUAGAAAAAUGAUGGGAGUGCCUCACAGUCAAGGAAUUCUUACGGCACUAGAUAGAUGAAGUGACCAAUAGAGUUUCUUCCAAGUGAUAGCACAAUGGUCCAAACUGAUGGCAAUCUGAUCCUGUAACCUCCGUUUGUCCUCUGAUACAGCAGUGUGAUAUGAUCAGAACAUGGUCAUUCUAAAUAAGUAUGAAACAGUCAAAACCUAACAGCAAGUAAGUCAUUGAAGACCAAGAAGGAAAAUCUUAAAAUGAAGUAAAGCCACAUUUUUACCAUUCAAGGCUAUUGUUUUUCCUCGGUCAGAAUGUCAUACAACUUGUAAUGUUAAAGGAAGCAUUGUAUUAUUUCUAUGACUGCAAAAGGUGAAAGGGAAGUUAUUACAAAGGUGAUGACAAUCAAGGAUGACAGAUGUCAUUACCUCAGAAAUACAUUUGGAUUUACGGUUGAAAGCAAAUGUUAGCAUAUCAAAAGAUUUGAAACCAUCAGACAUAUCUUUUCACUUCAAGUUUGUCAUGCAAAUAUGAACCAUUCUGAACAACUUUUUAAAAUCCAAGCAGAUCUGAAAAAAUAUCUUUUUUUAAGGGGGGUACGGAGGAGUACAAAAUUAUUAGUGUUUUUUUUUCUGAAAUAUUUUGAGAGUUUACAUAGGAUAUAUCAUUUUUGUCUUACUGCAUUAUCUGCUGUUGUGGAGAGAAAACCUAAUUUUCUUGUUAAGAAAACUCUGGUCAACCUACAUUGGAAAUGGCAUUCAUCUCACUUUCAAAGUUAAUUAAAAGUAGUUUCCUUCAGUUGCAAAGUAGAGAAAUUGUAUAUGGUUGUAACAUAAAGAUAACAAAUUUGUAUUUGUAAAGAGAUGUUCUAUAUUUUGUAGUUCUGGUACUGUAACUGAUAAUCAGCAAUAUUUAUGGUUCCAAAUUAUUGUCACUUAUUCUAUAGAUUACUGUUAUUUUUUAAUAGGAGUACAAAUUCAUAAGUAAAUGUACUGAUAGAGCUGCCUUUUAUUUGAGUAUGAUGCAAGUUUAACUUUAGAGUUUGUGCAAAGUCUGGAGCCAAAGGAAAAUCUUUGGCAAGCAAUUAUUAAUUAAGGUAAAAUGUAAAAACUAACUUUACACAGGAUAUGCAAAGAUGAUUUACUUGCACUCUUACUUGGAAUGACUAAUAUUUAAAAAUAUUUAAAUCUUUAGUACAUCCAUUUUUUUCCUAAAUCAUUUAUAGCAUCUGAAAGUUUUCAUUGCAACACUCAUUUUACUAAAAGCUAGUUUACUGAAAUAACAUCAUUUGACAUGAAUUUCAACCUGCAAAAUCUGAGCAGCUCCUUUUAGUUUUUUUGAUCUGGGUGGUUUUAGAAACACAAUCUGAUUUUUGCAUAUCUUGUUUAACACUUUCUCAUUUGUAGAACAACUUGCAGUCAAGAUGUAUAAUUCUGUUAUCCACUGAGGUUAGCUAUAUAUUUCUGUUAAUGUAAUUAUUAGUAUUCCCAAUUCACUGCUGAGGGCUAUAACUGCAUGCAUCCCAAGAUAAAGUUCCUUUUGUGACUGUCCUUCAAAUGACAUUUAUCAACAUAUAUGUCAGUAGUCUCAGUUUAGUUUAAACUAAACAUGCCCAUUUAUACACUUUACUUCUAAUGCACAAAAUACUUCACAGAGCAGGUCUUUCUGAAUUAUCCAACGAUGCUUUUUUGCUAUGUACGUUUUCAGAAUUUUUAAUAUAUAUUUUAAAUGAUGGCCUGUUUAGGUUGCAGGUACAUCAUGAGUAGCAGCCACUAAAAUCUUUUAAACUGUAUGCAUUUUUAAACACUUCUAUAUAUUCUAUUAGUAACAAAAACUAAAACAAGAUAUUUUACCUCAGUCAGGGAUAUAUAGGGUUUUAAACUAUUUUUAUUUCAUACCCAGGGUAUUCUUGAUCUUCAGCAUGGUGGAAUAGCAACCUAUGAUUGCACAACUCUUUCCUUGUGCGCAAUCUUCAUGACUACUUUUAUAUGAAGUAAGCCUUUUGUGUAGUAUGGUAUUUGUAUAUUCAGUUUCUAAGGUUGAUUAUUUUGUGAUUGUACGUAUGGUACAGUAAGGUCUGUAUAUGUAUUUUCCAUACCACCAUACCAUAGUGCUGGAAAUGUAUAUACACACAGUGUAUAUUUCUGUAAGACAGCAUUGGAAAUAUAUUGGCAUUGAAACUCAAGUAAAAUCAAGUUAAUUUCUCAUGAA